CAGCGAUGAUGCGAAUUGGGUUAUAAAUCAUUUUCGGAAUCAGAUCAGGCGGCAGCAACCAUAUGGUGGAUAUGAUGAUGAUGAAUAUAAGAAAUCCACCGUAGGUGAUAUUUAUGAUGGACUUUAUGACAACCGUCAAGAGAAGAUGAAAGAUAAAUGUUGCUGCCAGUUGGGUGAGCCUGGAUUACCUGGUCAACCUGGUAUUGAUGGUGAAAAUGGUCUGGAUGGUAAACCAGGAGAGGAUGGCAUACCUGGAGAAGAUGCGGAGCAAGAUUAUUCAACUCCAAUAAUAGUAUCAUGCGUCAGAGAAUGUCCACCAGGACCUCCUGGUCCGCCAGGUAUUCCUGGAGACAAAGGUCCCAGAGGAUAUGAAGGUGAAACAGGCGAACCAGGCAUUCCAGGGAAACCUGGAAAAAAAGGACUACCUGGAAAAGAAGGACCAAAAGGUCCACCAGGUAUAAUAGGACGAGAAGGAAAUAAAGGAGAAGCGGGAAGUCGUAUGCUGAACAUUGGACCACCUGGACCACCAGGCCGACCUGGUGAAAUGGGACCACCAGGAGUACCGGGACCAGCUGGUGAAAAAGGUCAACCUGGUGAGAAAGGUCAAACAGGUGUACCAGGUGAUGAAGGAAAUGCAGGUUCAUAUGGAAAACCAGGAAUGCUCGGUGCACCAGGGCCAAAUGGUAAAAAAGGUGCAAGUGGUAGUUGCGAUCAUUGUCCAAAACCACGAUUACCUCCUGGUUAUUAUUUACAACCAUCAGAAAAUUAUCGUAAUUAA